AAAAAGAAAAAAAGAAAAAACACGUUGAGCAUUUCAAAGACCAGUUUAUAUGGUACAUAGAGACGCGCCGCCAGCCACGAUUUUGUUAAAGACUCACUCCCUUCGUUUCCUUGAGAGUUUGGCGCCGGCAGCUUGCACCGGUCUAAAUCUAAACCAACCAGAGCAUCUGCCUCUGCCUCGCUCUCUCUCUCUCUCUCAAGGAACACCAUAGGACUAAAGCGCGGUCAAGGCAUUUCCUUCCAUCGAUCUCAAGAUCGAGCUGCUGCCCAUUAGAGCAUCAUUUGUCGAAUUAACAGAGUUUAGAUGGCCACCACCGCCGCCUUGCAUUUUUGUGGGCUUAAAACUCUGAGCCCUGGAUCAUCAUCAGAGAGAGCUUUAGCAUUAUGGUCUCAGCCUCAGCGGCUCCGUUUUGCCAAUUCCGUGUCUUCCAGUUGUGGGUUUUAUUGUACAAGUGGAAGAAAUGUUUCUUCUUCGAGUACGAGUAGUAGAGUUUUGCGAGUCAGUUGCGAGGGAGGAAUUGUAGAUGUUCUUGACAAGAAAGAUCAAGGCAACCAAGGUGUUGCCGAAAAUGACAAACAAUUGACGUGUGUCAUGAAGUUUGGUGGAUCUUCAGUGGCCUCCGCCGAGAGAAUGAGGGAGGUUGCUGAUCUUAUACUCAGCUUCCCGCAAGAGAGGCCUGUCAUUGUUCUAUCUGCCAUGGGAAAGACGACUAACAAACUUUUACUGGCAGGAGAAAAGGCUGUCAGUUGCGGUGUUACCAAUGUAUCCACUAUUGACGAGUUGAGCUUCGUCAAAGAAUUGCAUUUCAGGACUGUGGAAGAGCUUGGAGUGGAUGGCUCUAUCAUUUCACCACACCUGGAGGAGCUGGAACAACUUCUUAAGGGAAUCGCUAUGAUGAAAGAGAUGACUCCACGGACAAAAGAUUAUUUGGUUUCAUUUGGGGAGUGCAUGUCCACAAGGCUAUUUGCAGCUUAUUUGAAUAAGAUUGGUGUGAAAGCGCGCCAGUAUGAUGCCUUUGAAAUGGGUAUUAUAACAACAGAUGACUUCACAAAUGCUGACAUUUUAGAGGCUACUUAUCCGGCUGUUGCAAAGAGGUUACAUGGUGAUUGGACAUGUGAUCCCGCUAUUCCAAUUGUCACUGGCUUCUUGGGGAAGGGGUGGAGAUCAUGUGCAGUGACCACGCUGGGUAGAGGUGGUAGUGAUUUGACAGCUACAACCAUUGGUAAAGCACUUGGGUUGCGAGAAAUACAGGUGUGGAAGGAUGUUGAUGGUGUUUUGACAUGUGAUCCUAACAUAUACCCACGUGCAGAACCUGUACCUUAUUUGACAUUUGACGAGGCUGCUGAACUUGCUUAUUUUGGUGCCCAGGUCUUGCAUCCACAGUCUAUGAGACCAGCUAGAGAAGGUGAUAUUCCUGUGAGGGUUAAAAAUUCUUACAACCCCAAAGCUCCAGGUACCGUCAUCACUCAUGCAAGAGAUAUGAGCAAGGCUGUACUGACCAGCAUCGUAUUGAAAAGGAAUGUGACCAUGUUGGAUAUUGUUAGCACUCGCAUGCUUGGUCAAUAUGGUUUUCUUGCUAAGGUAUUUACAACUUUUGAAGAUUUGGGGAUAUCGGUGGAUGUCGUUGCUACCAGUGAAGUCAGUAUUUCUUUGACAUUGGACCCAUCAAAACUUUGGAGCAGAGAGCUUAUUCAGCAGGCAAGCGAACUUGACCAUGUUGUGGAAGAACUGGAGAAAAUUGCUGUUGUCAAUCUUCUUCAGCACCGAUCAAUAAUAUCUCUCAUUGGAAAUGUGCAGAAAUCUUCACUAAUAUUAGAGAAGGCAUUUCGUGUUCUUCGAACAAUUGGAGUCAACGUUCAGAUGAUCUCUCAGGGUGCAUCCAAGGUUAAUAUCUCUUUGGUUGUAAACGACAAUGAAGCAGAACAGUGUGUUAGAGCUCUCCACCAGACAUUCUUUGAGGGUAAUUUUACGGAGGUAGAAUGUGAAUCCACGAAUGGCUCUGCCGCCUCUGCGUAAACAUUAUCGGAGGGACAGUAAUGCAGAUCUAGUUAUUUAAUGGUUGUUGAUCUCCACCAGGCAUUCUUUUGGGCGUAAUUUCACCGAGGUAGAAUGUGAAUCCAUGAACGGCUGUGUCUCAACACCAAUGGAGAUUCAAUUAAUGAUUGUUGUAGUUGCUUAUUUGUAGCUUGCAUAACAUAUAAUUUUCUACUUGAAUUCAUCAGUUUUACCAUUCUUGGGGUUGGGGACAUCUCUGCUCCUCCAGUCUGUCAGAUUAGAAAUGUAAUCUAUAUUUAUUAAUUUAUAUA